UUGAAAUUAUCGACUUUAAUAACCUAUAGAAAAUUAUGCAAAUCUAUUACUCACUUCCACUGAGAAGUGUACCUAAUAUUUGUUUUAGACAAACGAAACGACUGCUACAUUCGCAUCGAACAACUCAAUGCACUCUCAUCACUCCCGUUAUCCUAUUCCUAUACAAAAAACCCCAAAAUCCCUCUCCAAACCCUAAAUCACACGCAUAGAUCUCUGAACCAAUCCUCAAACUUGCGAUGAAUCUACUAACCGGAGCAAAACAAUCAGCCCGCCUUGUUUUCUCGUCUCCCUCGUCAACUAGACGCCUGUUUCACCUUCACCCUGUUGCUGCUCUUCAGCAUUGCAAUUUCUACUCCACCAAAGCUGCUAGUACAAUCCAGAAGACUCAAAAGGCGACCAAGCCCAGAACCCAGCAGAAAGCUUCUGAAAAAUCGUUUAGUUUCGCGCAGACUAUCAAGAAACAAGCGGAGGCGCCGCCUGCUCUCUGGCCUAAGCCGCAGCCGAUAUCGUACCAGGCAGAAGUUGCCAACAAUGUCAAUUUCAUCGGUAAUGUUGAUAUUCCUGUUAAGUUUGUGACUGAUUCUGACGGGAAACAUUUUACCGUCACCGUGAUUUCUCUGCGGCGUGGGGACGGGAGGGGUUCUCUGUCGAUUCCUGUUGUGUUUGAGGGGGAUUUGGCUCAUGUUGCGGCUUGUCAUGUGAAGGAGAAUGAUUGCGUUUUCGUGUCGGGGCAGUUGAGUGGGGAUCCGUUGAGAUGUGCGCUGAGUGAGAGUCUCGGAAAGUUUCAUGUUGUGGCUGAGAGUGUCAACUUUGUUGAGGAAUUUGAGAAGAGUGAUUUGGAUAGUAAAUUAGGGAUUUCUUCUCCGGCUGUGGACAUUAAUGGACUCGGUAGGGUUAAGAGUAAGAAUGUUGAUCAUGUUGAUUAUAAUCAGAUUUCUCAAGUUGAAUUUGAUGGUGCAAAGGAAAGGAGCUCUUCUAUUGAGAGACCUGCUGUCCCAUUGUAUGAAGCUGAGACAGUGCCACAACAAGUGGUUGCUGUGGAUAAUGGCAAUGUUGAUUUUAGUAGCAAAGGUUGGGAGGGUGCUAGUACGAAGAAAGAUGCGAACCAAAUCUUGGAUUUAUGGGGUGAUCUUUUGAAGCAGCCCCUGCAGUGGUGGGAUUAUCGCAGCCACAAAGCUAAAGGAUUGGUUAAAGAGAAAUUCCCCGAUUUUAAGAAGAAGGAGACGGGGGAGUCCCUUUGGAUCAGCAGUGCUCCAAAAUGGAUUCUUCCGUCGCUUGGAAAGAUGGAGUUUGAUGUUAAGGAGAUGAAAGCAGAGAAGAAGGUUUAUGGAGGUGAAGGGCAUAGUGACAGGAAACAGAAUCCAGAUCUUGAGAAUUCUUGGAAGAAUUUGGUGGAAAAUCCUGGCAAAUGGUGGGACAACAGGGCAGGAAAGAAAAACUCAAAAGCACCCGACUUUCGUCACAAAGAAACGGGUGAAGUGUUGUGGCUUAACAGUUCACCGGAAUGGGUACUGUCUAAGCUACCACCCGUGAGAGGUGGCCAAAAUACUGCCUGAGGAAGAAACAUGCUGAAAUUUUUGAAGAGUUAGGAAUGACUCCUUUGACGGAUAGUUGAUCUGGUGCUGUCUUUGGAUAUUUUUUGGUCCUAGAAAAAAAUAGUACAAGAUUUUGUGGCAAUAGUUGGAAAGACUGGACUGAGAGGUGCAUUAAAUCAAUAAACUUUCAAGCCCUUCCAUUUUGUGGUCCUAAUCUGUUUGUAAAGAUGUUGGUAUUGUAGGUGUAACUUGUAAGCAGAAUUUUGUGCAGUUUCUCUGUUUACUGCAAUUUUGAUGCUAGCAACUUUAUCAAGUUAUAUUUCAGUGUGAAAA